CCCGCCCGGACAGUUUACUGUCGGCUCGGUUCGGCUGAGGAGGAUCCUGCGGACAGAGGAGAAGGGUCAACCAGAACCAGCGCUCGGGUCCAACACCAAUAACGAGGCAUCAUGAUUCCUGUAAUGGAAUUCCGGCAGUUCACUGAACAGCAGCCAGCAUUCAGAGUCCUGAAGCCAUGGUGGGACGUGUUCACUGACUACCUGUCAGUCAUCAUGCUCAUGAUUGGUGUCUUUGGAUGCACCCUGCAGGUGAUGCAAGAUAAAAUCAUAUGCCUCCCACAGAGAAUACCAAUUUCUGCCAGAAACAUCAGUGAAGUGGCAAUAAAUUCACUUUUACAUCUGGAUUCCAACAUCACAGCUGUGCCGAAAGAAAUGACAGGCCGGAAAAAUGAUCUAGAUCUACAACAGUACAGUUUUAUCAAUCAGAUGUGUUAUGAAAAGGCUCUGCAUUGGUAUGCCAAGUACUUUCCUUACUUGGUUCUCAUACACACUGUAGUUUUCAUGGUAUGCAGUAACUUUUGGUUUAAAUUCCCUGGCUCAAGUUCUAAAAUAGAGCAUUUUAUCUCAAUGCUUGGCAAGUGUUUUGACUCUCCCUGGACCACUCGUGCUUUGUCCGAGGUGUCUGGAGAAAAUCCAGAAGAAAAGGACCAGAAAAAGAGUAGCACUUCUCGAUCCAGCACUGGUGUGUCUCCUGGAGAAGGAAGUCUUGAGAAAACGCAGUCCCUUCGUUCUAUCCCAGAAAAGAUUGUAGUGGAUCAGCCACCUGCAAGUGUCCUUGAUAAAAAAGAAGGUGAACAAGCUAAAGCUCUUUUUGAAAAAGUGAAGAAGUUCCGACUACAUGUUGAAGAGGGAGAUAUCCUCUACCUUAUGUAUGUCCGUCAGACUGUAUUCAAGGUGUUUAAGUUCCUCCUGAUCAUUGCCUAUAACAGCUGUCUGGUGAAUCAAGUGCGGAACAGAGUACCUUGUGAAGUUGAGAUCCAAGACAUAACUGGCUAUAAAGACUUUCAGUGUAAUCACACCAUGGCUCAUCUUUUUUCUAAACUGUCUUAUUGCUAUUUGUGCUUGGUGGCUGUCUAUGGAUUAACAAGCCUCUAUACCUCCUACUGGCUCUUCUACCGCUCACUGAAAGAAUAUUCCUUUGAGUAUGUGCGUCAGGAAACAGGCAUCAAUGACAUCCCAGAUGUCAAAAAUGACUUUGCUUUUAUGUUGCACAUGAUAGAUCAAUAUGACCCACUCUAUUCCAAACGAUUUGCAGUUUUUCUUUCUGAGGUCAGUGAGAAUAAGCUCAAACAACUCAAUCUCAACCAUGAAUGGACUGCUGAGAAAUUGCGUCAAAGACUCCAGAUUAACUCAAACAACAGACUUGAACUUCAGCUAUUCAUGCUUCCGGGUUUACCUGACACUGUCUUUGAGUUGACAGAACUGCAGUCGCUCAAGCUUGAAAUGAUCAACAACGUCACCAUCCCUGCCUCUAUUUCUCAGCUGGAAAACCUCCAGGAGCUGUCUCUUUACCAGUGCUCUUUGAAGCUGCACACAACGGCUACUUCCUUCCUCAAAGAAAACCUGAAAGUGCUCCGUGUAAAGUUUGAUGACAACAGGGAACUUCCGAACUGGAUGUACGGUUUGCGCAACCUAGAGGAACUGUAUCUUACUGGAUCACUCAGUCCUGAUGCCUCCAAGAAUAUAGUUAUUGAGUCUCUGCGGGAGAUGAAAUGCCUGAAAACUCUCUACCUUAAAAGCAAUCUGACCAAGAUACCCCAGUCAUUUGCAGAUGUGUCCAGCCAUCUGCAGCGACUGUACUUACACAGUGAUGGAACUAAGCUUGUAAUGCUCAACAACCUGAAAAAGAUGACCAGUCUGAUAGAACUGGAGAUUGUGCAUUGUGAUCUGGAACGCAUUCCUCAUUCAAUCUUCAGCCUGACAAAUCUGCAAGAGCUUGACCUGAAAGAGAAUAACCUUCGCUCUAUUGAAGAGAUUGUAAGCUUCCAGCAUCUUCGGAAACUCAAGUGUCUCAAACUUUGGCACAACGGCAUCAUGUAUAUCCCAGAGCACAUCAAAAAGCUCAGCAGCCUAGAGCGUCUCUACUUCAGUCACAACAAGAUUGAGAUUUUGCCCUCACACCUGUUUUUGUGCCACAAGCUGCGCUACCUUGAUCUAUCCAACAAUGACAUCCGAUUCAUCCCUCCAGAAAUUGGAGUUCUUCAGAGUCUACAGUACUUCUCUGUCUCUUGUAACAAACUUGAAAACCUACCUGAUGAACUUUUCUUUUGCAAAAAGCUCAAAACAUUAAAACUGGGCAAGAACUCGCUGUCUGUACUCUCACCAAAAAUUUCUUACCUGGCUCUUUUGACUUACCUGGAACUCAAAGGGAACCAUUUUGAGUUCCUGCCACAAGAGCUUGGUUCCUGUCGGGCUUUGAAGCAGAGUGGCCUUAUAGUGGAGGAUGCAAUGUUCGAAACUUUGCCUUCAGAUGUCAGGGAACAAAUGAAGGCUGAGUGAGGUGCCUUACUGCAGUCACAACGCCACUUGUUUAUCUAUCAACUCAGAUCAUUUGUUUCAUAAGUCAUUUAGGCCAUGGGACAAAAUUGGUAUCUUAUCACUCUGUGGCAAUUUUUGAGGGGCAAUU